AUGAAGAACAAAGAAAUUGAAGACACAAUAAACCAACUUUCCGAUUUGAAAUUGGGUUUUGAAAAGAGUAGACCAAUCUCUAUAUCCUUCCACAAAUUCAAGAAUAUUCGGCCUGACUGGAAUAUCUUCCCUGAGAAGUUAGAACCAUUCUUUCAAGACAGUAAAAACGUGGCUUCAUAUUCUAAUGGUAAUUUAUCCAUAGGUGAAGAAAACUUAAGCAAAUCAGAAAUCCCAGUAUUAAAUGAUGACAUCGCACAAUUAGCCAAAAAACAAUCUAUAUCAGAUUGUAAAGUGCUAAUCAAACCUUACAUAGGAUAUGAUUUAUUUAAACCGUUCAAUGGAACCAUCCCAUUAAUGUCUGAAGAUUUAUUGAAUACCCCAUUACCUUGUUUUGAAUAUAUGAUGGAUUGGGAGACCACACAUAGUCAUGAUAAUAAACAAUAUGGCCAAAAUUAUAAAUAUGUGAUUAUAUCUGCAAGACAUCAUAUUAUCGAUAUGGCGAUGACUUUGUUCGAUUACAACAAACCUCGACACCAUAAAUGGAAUUGUGUUCUUUUAAAGGGAAAAUACAUUGUCAUAUCAAUGGACAUAAGUACUAAUAGAAAAACAAAUAUGAUAGAUCCUUCUAAAAUGUCUCUAAUGGAUCAAAAAAGAUCUAAUUCUGGAUUUGAAUUUGAAAAUUUGCUUACUGGAGUAAAAAAGAAUAGCAAUGUUUCCAAUGAUGACGGCAAUAUUGGCAAUACUAUAAUUCCAUCAUAUACUUUUUCUAUAGUAGAAAACAAAUUAGAUGAAGACAUUCUACUUUUACUAAGAAGUGAAAUGGAUGCAUAUAACAAUAUAACCAAAUCUUAUUCUGAAUUGAAAUGUUACGGUCCAUUAUCUAUGGGAAAUGUGCAUCAUAGACAUAAGUUAUUGAAAACUUGGAUACAGACUCAAUUAGUGCCAGACUGUGAUGUGAUUAUUGGAACAAGAGAUAAUUAUAGUGGAUUGUUAAUUGAUAUUAACCGAUAUAGUAGAAAAGAAUUCUAUCAAAAAUUGAAUAAUCGAAAUUCAACUUUAAGUCGUAAAUACAAUUUAAAUGUAGCUAAAGAAUGGACUAAACAUUGUGUUAGAUCAAUUGUUAAAUUAAUUGAUAUGAGUAUAACUAAAGAGAAAUUUGAAGAUAUUGUAUCAUCAGCACAACCAUUUCAACUGAUCAUAGAUAAUAAACGAAAUAUUGCAAUAAAGAGAUUACAACGAAUCCCACCAAACUUGCAUAUCCCAAAAAAAUAUCUAUAA